AUGACUCAGGACAACCCCAAAGCUUCAGAACACCUACCGAGUGGGUCACUGCAAACUUUUGUUCGUAAUGGAAUAGAAAUUGAAAUACAACCAUAUCGAGAGGAGUCCGCCAAUGGCGAUAGCCAGCAACAGGAGACUGCAAAACACUCACCAAUAGACAAGAAAGAGAGUUCACCACUUGAUGAAACCUUGGAAUCUACAAUCCUCUCUGAGAUCCAGCAGGGUCAGUAUAUAUGCCUUGUUUGCACUGGUGAAAUUGAUCAAGACUCAACAAUAUGGAGCUGUCAAGAAUGUUUUCGAGUUUACGACUUGGAGUGUAUCAAAGAUUGGGCAUUACGCGGGUCAUCUACAAACAAAACAAACAGAACCUGGAGAUGCCCUGCAUGCAACCAUGAAUCAAAAACACUUCCCAAGAAGUUCACAUGUUGGUGUGGCAAAGUGAAAAAUCCUGACAAGAACCCUUUGAUGCCUUUUAGUUGUGGCAAUUUGUGCAACUUCAAAUACCCAAGCUGUAUUCAUAAGUGUUUGAAUACAUGUCAUCCAGGUAAACACCCGGUUUGUGGUGCAUCUGGUCCUGUUAUGAAGUGCCAUUGUGGAAAGGAAAAGAAACAAUUGCCCUGUAUAAUUACACCUUAUAAGAAAGGCUGGAAAUGUGAUCAUCCAUGUGGUAAAUUUGUGUGUGAUUUAAAUCAUAAGUGUACUAAAGGCUGCCAUGGUGGUUCUUGUGGUAAAUGCCAAAAGAAGGUUGAGUACAAGUGUUAUUGUGGUGACAUUAAAUUGAAAACAAAGUGUUCCAAGCGCAAGCCCGUGGAAUGUGUAAACUAUCAGGGUGAGAAAUGGAUUGGGGGUGGGUCUUGUGGUAAGGUGAAGAAGUACUAUUACUCUUGUGGAGAACAUUAUGAAACAUUCACCUGUCAGCCGCCGCCAAGAAUGGAUCACGCUAAAUGCAAAUACUCACCGGACGUCAUUUCAACUUGUUAUUGUGGGAGUAUUCAAGUUGACUCUUCAAAUAGGACAAAAUGUACCGAUCCCGUGGUUGAAUGUGACAACGUUUGUGACAAAUUGUUGCCGUGCGGUUGUCGUUGCCAAUUCAAAUGUCACUCAGGUCCCUGUGAAUGCACAUCGAUAUUUGAUAUUACAUGUGAAUGUGGCCAUGAAAAGUUUAGCGCCCCUUGUCAGUUUUUUCAACUGGGUAUUAAAAUCAAAUGUCAUCACAAAUGCUCAGUUUUAUUGAGCUGUCGAAAACAUUAUCAUCGUGCUGAAUGUUGUCCAUAUGAACAAGUAGCUUUGGAAAGAGAACGGGCUAAGAAGAAAGCAGUAAGAAACAAUUUGCGUCGUACUCUACGUGAUGACAUCAUGUCAAUUGAAGCUGUACACAUUUGCACACAAACAUGUAAUCGAUUGAAAUUGUGUGGACAACAUCAAUGUCAAGCUAUGUGCCAUAGUGGUCCAUGUGAAGUAUGUUUGGAGUCAACAAAUGAAGAUUUGGUUUGUAAUUGUGGCAAAACUGUGAUCCCUGCACCAGUGAGAUGUGGCACUGAGUUGGUAUGCCACGAACAGUGCACCAGACCAACAACAUGUGGUCAUCGCCCCGAACCCCAUGAAUGCCACAAUGAUGAUGUGUCGUGCCCCAAGUGUACCGUGUUGGUGAAAAAGAGAUGUGAUUGUGGAGCUAGGCUGGAUAUACCAGUUUUGUGCUCUCAAGAACGUGUCAGUUGUGGGAAAAUGUGUUUGGUGUCGAAGAAAUGUGGACAUCCAUGCUUACGUACAUGUUCAGCAAAAUGCACUCAAGAUGAUGAUCAUGUUUCUGCCAAUCAGUGUUUGGUGAAGUGUCAAAAAGUGAGAAAGAAUUGUCCACAUUUAUGCAAAUUGAAAUGUCAUUUUGAUAAAGUGGGCAAAAGCAAGAGCUGCGACGCAGUUGAAUGUAACGAAUCGGUCACAAUUCAAUGUGAAUGCGGCAACUUGAAAAAGACUGUGCCCUGUGGUGCAUCCCUCAAUAAUCUAACUACAAUUGGAACCAUAUUGGAAUGUAAUGAAUCUUGUACUGCAGCGAAACGUGAUGCAAAAUUACGUGAAGCUUUUGCUGUUGAUGUACCUGAAGACGAAAAAAUAAUCUAUAACGAUUAUGUCUUGAACACAUUUGCCAAACAGUCCAAAUGGUGUACACGAAUUGAAAACAUCAUCCGUACGUUUCUUGAAGAUUACAAUUACCAAAUCAGUCAAGGAAUUGAAUCACCCAAGAAAUCAUACCAUUUCCCACCAAUGACAUCACCACAACGACAAUUUAUUCAUGAAUUGGCUCAAUCUUAUAAUCUAUAUACUGAAUCACAAGAUCAAGAGCCGAAACGAUCGGUUUUUAUCGUCAUUACUCGAUUAACAUUUGUUCCUGCAUCAACGAUACAAAAUUGUCUAGAUUUGACUCAAUUGAAACAAAAGCAACAAUUGCAAAUUGAAUCAAUGACUCAACAACAAAUUGAUGAUGCGUUGUUUAAUGCGAUAAUCAUUCAAGAUACAUUUUUCGGUGUCACUAAAGACGACUUGCAAAAUUCAUUGGCCAAAUACCACCAAAUCGGCAGCAAAGAUGAUGAAGAUGCAGGAGAAGGAGGAGAUGGAGGAGACGGGAGUGGUGGAUUUACAAUAUCGUGGCUAAAAGAAUCAACAUUCAUCCUAUAUGACACAACCUGGUUUCAAAAAAUGGAUCGAGAGUUUGAAUCAUUAUUGGAGGAAUUGUGCACCAUGUUUCGCAAAACCUUACGACAAAAUUCGUUGGCAUUUGAUUGUAAGUUAUGCUUGAUUGAUCCUAGUGUUAGUUUUGUGAUGAAAAUUGAUCGAAGGAAACGGGUUGAUGGAGAUAUGAACGGGGAAGGUUUGGGCAAGAAGAAUGAGAGUAAGAAUAGUUUUGAUGUUUUACAACUGGAUGAGUUGGUGAUUGGAGGUUAG